AUGUUUAGAACAGGGUCUAAUACAGUUCGGACAAAAUUUACUGAAAACGAAGACAAGAAACUCACCAAUUAUGUUAAACAGCUGGGAGAUUCAAAAUGGAAAGAAAUUGCUAAAUUGAUGCCUGGAAGAAAUGCAAGACAGUGUAAAGAUCGAUGGGAAAAGUACCUAGCGCCUAAAAUAAAUAUAACACCAUUUACAGAUGAAGAAGAUACAAAAUUACUCACUUUAUACAAUCAAAUCGGGCCAAAAUGGACACAAAUCUCAAAACAUUUCAACAAUCGUACAGACAAUAAUCUCAAAUCAAGAUAUAAGCUGCUGAUGAGACAUAAGAAAAAGGCUGAAGUAAAUCAUUCGACGCCAGAUGAAAAUAUCUUUACAGAAUCGUUGAAAGAGUGUCAGGAAUUUCUUUCCUUUCUGAAUAAUUAA